CGCCAAAAGGGUUUUGCAUUCUCUCUCUGCUUUAAUCGUCUUAUGCAUGAGUGCAUGACGUUUAGUUAUUUAAUCUAUUGAAGCGAAAGACAAACCAGAAGAGAUUCAACCUAGAAACGGAGGAGGGAGCCCUAGAAAUUUUCUCAGAUGGGAGAGUCCGGUGAUACUCAUUCUGAAGAGGAGAAAGUCCUUCCAGAGAAGAAUAAGAAAAGAAGGCUCAAGACGCCAUCCCAAGUUGAGGCUUUAGAGAAUUUUUAUAAUGAACAUAAAUAUCCGACAGAGUCAAUGAAGGCACAGCUUGCAGAAGAAAUAGGGUUGUCAGAGAAACAGAUCUCGGGAUGGUUUUGCCACAGAAGGUUGAAGGAUAAAAAAUUAAGAGAGGAAGCAUGUGCCAAUGGAAGACAAGAUCUUUCAAGUGGUGUUAUACAGGAGCAUGGCAGUGGACUUAGGCAGGAUUCAUGCAGCAGCACCAAGCAAGGCGACUAUGGGCAUUUCGACCCAAGGGAAGUGGAAAGUCAAAGGCUCUAUGACCAGGAUUUUCCAGCAACAGACAUCACUUAUAAGACUAGGGGUCGAAAUAUGCUAACUGGACGCUAUGGUACAGUGGACAACACAUCUUCAGGAAGUAGCUCAGCUUCACAGGACAGGUUACUUCCUCUUAGAGGGGAUUCAUAUGAUAUUGAACCUUCAAGAUACCAUUCAUGGAAUAGUAACUAUAUCUCGAUGGAUACGAGAGGUGUGCAGAACAGAGGAUAUAAGCUGGCGUCAGGAUAUUUGAACUUGCAGGAUGAGGUUGAACAUGCUGCUAUCACGGCUGUUAAGAGACAAUUGGGUAGGCAGUACCAGGAAGAUGGUCCACAGCUUGGUGUUGAAUUUCAGCCUCUUCCUCCUGGUGCAUUUGAGAUACCAGUUAGUGAUCCAGUCCAUGAACCAUUUUAUGUCGGUGAUCCUGUCCAACUGGAUUCUCAGAGCAUUCCAAGAACCUCUAGCGAACAUGGUCUUAACAUGAGAUGUGACAGAUACAAUUCCAAGAUGCAUGCUCAAGGGCCAUAUCAAGAAGGAGCCCAACUUAAAAGAACCAUAUGGGAGUCUGAUCCCCGGCCAUUGAAACCGAAGUCUUCUGUCUCCAAUUACAGUAAUCAUGCCCCUGCCUGGAAUUCUGCCUUGGAUUUUGAUGAAGAUUCCAUUGGGGAAGCUUCUGGUUUUAACAUCAGGAGGAACCAUGGCAUUAGGUCUAAGCAUGUCGUGGAGGGAAUGAGAUCAAAUUUUGCCACAGACCAACAUCUUCGCCUUUACAGUGAAAAAGUUGUCACAAGUGAAUCAUCUUAUCCUCGGUUGGAUAACUGUGAUAAUGCCCGCCCUCAUUUGUUUCAAAGGAGGGAAUACUUCGAGUCUAAGCCUUCCAAUUUGGAACUUCUAAACAACGAAUCUCUUGGUAAUAUGGACAGAGGAAAGUCUAGGAUGGCAAAAUUUCCGGAUGAAAGGGUCUAUGGAGACAGGAGAAUGAGUAAGGAGUAUGGCAAUCAGAUGGCUAGGAGAAUCAGACGUGAUGAACUUUUACCGCAAGACAAUGUAUCAAAAACACCAUCUCCUCAGGCGUUGCUGCCAUGGACAAAGCAGAUAAAAGGGUCCGCUGUGGAGACCCCAACCAGUUUCAGUGAGGAUGAAACCGAGGAAAAUAGUUCUUCCACAGGGUAGGAAGAACCUGCAGUUUAUGAAAUUCCACCAGCUCUGUAUAAUGUGUAUACAAUGCCAGCAUGGGGGCUGGGAGGUUAGUAACCUGUUGCAUUGGAAAACCAUAUGAUGUUUCCAACCCUUACAUUGGGUGCUUUUGCAUGUCAUUUUUUAAGCAAAGAGAGAAAAAUUGCAAUUAUGCGCAGCAGCGAAGUACUGUGCUCUUACGCUCUUAUUCUUGAUGGUCUGUCAUUUCAAUCCAUCCC